UGAGAGCGAUGCCUAAAGCGCGUUACUGUUACUUAACGUUUGCUCAAUUUAUACCUACAGAUACAGUAUUGGUGAAUGAUGUCAUCGCAUGGUUUCGUGUGUUUAAUAAAGCUGUAUUUUGUGACGUCAGCAACAAGAAGGUUGGAUAAACGAGGUAUCGACUGCGGCAGGGUAUAAAUCGUAUGCGCGCUGAGCAAGCAACCAUAAAGUAGACAGCAGUGAUAGAAGGGAAGCAAAAUCCUCCUCCUAAAUAUUAUGUUGGGAAACAGAAGGAAAGCAGUCCCCGUGGAUAAGACCAGGAGUACGAUGUCCAACUCUAAAGCCAUUGAUCCGCUAAGAAGUCUUGGAUUACAGGAUGAUGAAGAUGUCAAGUGGAUGUUGCGGGGCUCCAAUAUGGUUAAGGAACUGGCCUGAAUACUACUGACUGGGCAGGACGAAGCAAUUGUCUAUUUGUCUGCUCUGUGACAAUACAGCGGGUCCGAUCACCUCAUUGGCAAAAGCAACGUACUCUGAAGCUGCUGGAAGAUGGUGUCACUAUUUGGUGCCAGUCCCGCAAAACUUUAAUUCGAGCCAAAGAGCAACAAUCCUUCUCCAUCACAGAGGUGGAGUGCGUAUGUGAGGGGUGUCAUUUGGGGACAUUUCGGCAGAUGGUUGGUGCAGUACCUGAAGAACGGUGUUUGACGGUGGUCUUCAAAGGUCCCCGAAAGAAUCUGGAUCUUCUCUGCCAGAACCAUGAAGAGGCUUAUCAUUGGACCCGCGGCAUCCGGACACUGCAGGAAAGAAUUUGCAACAUGACCCAGAAAGAGAAACUUGAUCACUGGAUUCAUGCUUACCUGAGUCGUGCUGAUCAGAAUCAUGAUGAUAAGAUGAGCUAUGAUGAAGUGCAGACAUUGCUACAAAUGAUCAAUAUUGACUUGAGUGACCAAUAUGCCUGUGAACUUUUCCAGAAGUGUGAUCACUCAGCCGAUGGCCGAUUGGACCAUGGGGAAAUUGAAGUUUUCUGCAGAGAGUUAUUGCGGAGACCUGAGCUGGAUGCCAUUUUUAUGCUCUAUUCCUCUAAUGGAUCUCUCCUCUCAACUGCUGAUCUGAGGGAUUUCCUCAACGACCAAGGAGAGGAUUCUUCAUUCACACAUGCCCAGAGCCUCAUAAUCACCUAUGAACUUAAUGAAUGGGCUCAGAAGAAUCAUUUGAUGACACCCAAUGGUUUUACUAUGUACAUGCUGUCCAAGGAGAAUUCUGUGUUUGACCUGGAACAUGUUCGGGUUUAUCAAGACAUGAAACAACCACUUGCACACUACUUCAUUUCCUCUUCCCACAAUACAUACUUAACUAAGGAUCAGCUGACUGGAGAGAGCGGAAUUGAGGCAUAUAUCCGAGCCCUGAAACAUGGUUGUCGUUGUGUGGAGUUGGACUGUUGGGAUGGAGAUAAAGGACAGCCAGUAAUCUACCAUGGCUACACUCUCACCUCCAAAGUGACUUUUGUUGAAGUCAUAGAGACAAUCAAUGAAUAUGCAUUUAAGGCAUCGGCAUACCCUCUCAUCCUUUCCUUGGAGAACCACUGCUCAGCGGAGCAGCAGUCAGUGAUGGCUCGACACCUGCAGAACAUCCUUGGAGACAAACUGCUUACCAAGCCCAUCGAUGGCCUCGAUUCCAACACCCUGCCUUCACCGGAAGUUCUUAAGGGUAAAAUCUUGAUUAAAGGGAAGCAAGAGAGCACAGCGGAAGAAUGCACAUCAAGUUCGUCAGACCUCAGCUCAUCAGACGAUGAAGUCAGCCAAGCUGGGAGCAGUAUCCAUCAAAGGAAAAAGAUUGACAAGCCAGCUGUGAUGAGUCCAGAGCUGUCAGAAUUGGUUGUGUACACCCGCAGUGUACACUUUAAAAGUUUUCAACAUGCUGCCAAAGCCCCGCCAAGCCACAUGUCCUCAUUUUCUGAAAGUGAAGCCCUCAGACAUGUCAAAGACUCAGGGAUGUAUUUUGUCCGUCACAAUAGCCACCAUCUGAGCAGGAUCUACCCCUCAGGACAGAGACUACAGUCUUCCAACUAUAACCCUCAGGAAAUGUGGAAUGGAGGCUGCCAACUUGUGGCCCUGAAUUUACAAACUCCUGGGGAACAGAUGGAUCUAAAUAGAGGCAAGUUCUUGCAGAAUGGACAAUGUGGCUACAUUCUGAAACCCCCUUUCAUGUGCCAGCCAUAUACCACCUUUAACCCAGAGAAUGUUGGUGGAGGUCCUGGGCAUGCACCAGUUUUUUUCACUGUCAGGGUUAUUUCAGCACAGCAGCUACCUAAACAAAAGAGGAACAAGCCAACAGCCAUUGUGGAUCCCCAGGUUUGGGUUGAGAUACAUGGUGUUCCGAUUGAUAAUAGCAAAAAGAAAACCCAUCACAUCCAAAAUAAUGGUUUUAAUCCACUGUGGGACUGCACUUUCAACUUUACCGUCCAUGCUCCUAACCUGGCACUUGUUCGCUUUGUGGUUGAAGAUCAUGAUUAUACUUCAAGCAACGACUUUCUUGGACAAUACACCCUGCCGUUGACAAGUCUCCGCACAGGUUAUCGCCAUAUCCGACUGCUCAAGCAAGAUGGUUCCUGCCUCUCACCCUCCUCGCUCUUCAUCCACGCCAAUAUCGUUGACUGUCAGAGUAAUCAUUUAAAUCACCACCCUGGGCGUCUGUAGCAAACAACAUUUAAUUCUAUUACUACCUCGUUAAACCAUUACAACAACCAUGCCAUUGCUUUUAGAGUGGCACAGUAAUUGGCCACAGUACUGUAUUUUCUGGACUAUUAAGUCGGUUUGGAGUAUAAGUCACACCAGCCAUAAACCAGAGUAUAAGUCGCAAUUUUUGGGUAAAUGGAAUUUGACAGAAUCCAAUACCACGAACAGACAGGAAUAGGCAACAACAGGCUGAACGGUAUGGUAUGCUAACAUUACAUAAACACAUAAACGAGGAACUGAGAAUGUGCAUGAUGUAACAUAUUAAGAGUUAUUCAAAUAACUAACAUAAUGUCACUUAUAAACAACUCCGCUGACUCCGGAAUUAGAUUUGCUGACGUCAGACUCAUCUCAGUUGCAGUUCCAAUUAUUCCUAGAGCGCCAUCAUGUGGUUUAGUGUGAAAAUAACAUGUGAAGUGAAAACAAGUGAGUAAGUAAUGUGUUAAUGAUCAAGUAAUAAUGUGUUAGGAAUUACACAUAUACCGUUUUUUUCCGUGUAUAGUGCGCAAAAUUUAGCGAAUUUAUUGUCCUAAAAUCUGGGGUGCGCAUUAUACAUGGGUACAAAAAUUUUUUAAUUUUUUUUUUUUUUAGAAAACAAAACCAACAACAGGACUGACCGACAAAGUCGUGGAACAAAAAGACAGGGUGACAUUACCAAAGACAGGAACAGAAAGCAAACAGACAUCAUGACAGUAACACAUGCAAUGAUCCGACGGUGAGCGAGGGGCAGACAGGACUUAAAUAAAAAACACGUUACAUCGAUUGAGGUGACACAGGAAGAGAGGGGCGACGCGAACAGAAACUAUGGCGAUCUAGACACAUAGCAAAACUGGGGACGAGACGUGACAAAUGUCCCUCGAGAUGAAACUUGAAAUCACCAAGUUAUGGUUUCCAAGGGUGUUUUUAUUCCUCUUCAACGUCUCUCCCAUACAGAGCCGCCUUUUUCACGUCCGCACGCCUCUUUCCCGUGCGCGCACGGAGCGCGGUGGUGCGUUUAUGGGCAGUCGGAGAAAUCAACGCCAACAAAAAAAAUUACAUCCAGCCUAGUUAAGACCAUACCAAAGACUAUAAAAAUGGGACCCAUUGCCUCCCUGCGUGUGUGACGAUCAUUGGGACUUAAAAAAAAAAAAAAUCAUAAAAAAAAUUCUUAAAAAUUGGGUGCGUAUUAUACAUGGGUACAGGCUUUUUUCCAGCAUCAGCAUGCCAUUUUUAGGGUGCGUAUUAUACAUGGGGGCGCACUAUACACGAAAAAAAACGGCACCACCGGCCAAACUAUGAAAAAAAACUGCGAUUUAUAGUCCGGAAUAUACGGUAUAUAGUAUAUGGCGAGGUACAAUAUAUUGCAAUCUUGAUUUAACAGACAAAAGGGCCGUUGUCCAUUAGAGCUGAUUGUCCAUAAACUUGAAAUACAUUUUCUUUGUGGGCUAAGCCAUCAAAUACAGUACAAAUACUGUAUUUGUAUUUCAUGAAUCAGCUCUAAUAGUUUUGUGGCCUAAAAAUGUCCAGUACAAGACAAAAUUCAUAUAAACUAGAGCUGCGAGAAGCUAUGAAGGUCUAUCGCAGUCCUGGCAAUAUUGGGUUUCUGGCACAAUGGAAUACUGGCACAUUGGAUUUUUUUGGGGGGGGGCUGAAGUGAAUCAGAAGCUACUUUGGUAAUAAAUGACAUCAAUAAAAGGCCACAAGUGGGUCAAAAUCUCAAAAGGCCAAAUUCCGGUUGAGUUUAGAGUAGAUUAAAUAGUAAAUCUGAUUCAUUAUUACUUUGAUAAACCAUGACGAAUCAUGACAGAAAUUAAAGUAAUUGACCAACUUGAGUUUAGAGUAGAGCUCCACAGACUUUUUGUAGGUCUUGGGCUGGUACAUACAAGUAGUCUCCAAUUUCUUUGGUAGCUCUUCGUUCAACAGUUCAACUAAUCAACUUUACUUUUUAAAAGGUGCAAUAAACUAAAAAAAUAAUGAUUAAUUUACCUAGUGUGAUGUGUGCAUAUUUCUCAUAUUUUUUCAUUAUUGUUAAGAUCAUCAAAAUCGGUUUUAUUUAAGCAAACAGCAUGUAGUUAGAGUGUUGGACAAAAUCAAAGACUUUGCUUGGUUGUUGUUUUUUUUAAUCAUGACCAUUUUAAGAUUGAACAACCACAGUUUCAAGACAAACUGAUCAAACGUCUCGGAGGAGUUUCCUAAUGUUACCUAAAUUAAAGGCCAAAAAUUGUGCCAAUUUGAAAAUAUAAAAAUGAUGACAUUGCUGUUAGUUUUCCCAAAUGGAUCCAAAAGACAUAUUUGUAGGUUGGCUGUUACACACAUCACCAAAUAUUCAUUGAUCUUGGUGAAACAUAUAUAUAGGAGAGCUUUAUUAAAUUAUUAAAUUUUUUAAAUAAAAUUUAUUAAAUUAUUUUAGGGGGUGUGUCAUGUAACAUGGAGUGUGGGGAAGGAACAAAUGGUGCAAAAAAGUGAGUAUGGAUUGCUCACAGGAAUAAAUUGGCAGGGCUAACAUUCCAAAAUUUAACAGCAGAUGGGGCAAAAUCUGAGUUGGGUAUUAGUGAGUGAAUUGGCCAAGUUGAAAUUCCAAAACUUUCCAAAAGAUGUUGCCAAAUCGUUGCCAGGAACCGAAAUUGAACGUGGUCUGAUCAAUGGAGCACACACGAGAGCACAAAGGUGGUUUUUAUUAUUCUUUUAAUUGUAUUUUAUUUUACUUGCUUGGCUGAAAUAUAUUCUGUAACCGCUUAAAGCAAUAUUAUCACAGAAUUAGACUAAGCUGCCCACCCUUAUGAGAAUAGGGGUGUGUUAAAAAAGGAUAAAAACAGAUGAGUUCUUGUUUUCUUUUAAUUUUAUUUUAUUUUCUUUAAAUUGUAUUUUAUUUCAAUUGCUUGGCUGGAAUGUAUUCUGUAACCGCUUAAAGCAAUAUUAUCACAGAAUUAGACUAAGAUGCCCACCCUUAUGAGAAUACGGGUGUGUUGAAAAAAGAAAAGAAAUCAAUUCAAAGGCUUUGAUUUAUUUUGAUUUAAUGGUUGACCAAAGUCUGACUUUGAAGUAUUGGUUUUAUAAAAAGGGGAAGUAAAGAAAAGAGGAAGUAGGGUGCUUGCCAGGGGGGUUUCCACAGAAUUUCGGUGGAAAGAGUGAAACGGAAAUGAGCUGCCCGGAAAAACCGCAGGGGAUGAGCGUGGGAAGAUGGACAGUAUAGAAGCUGUAGGCGUGGGAAACUGGACAGUAUAGAAGCCGUGGGCGUGGGAAACUGGACAGUAUAGAGGCCAGCGGAAAAGGGAAGGGCCAGAGAAGUCUAUAAAAAGGUCACCUUGGACAUCUACGGGGCUCUCUCCUGGACCGCGGUCAGAACGAACAGAAGCCGGUAGGAGUUUCAAGACCUUUUUCCAAAGCCUUCGAGAUUUUUGUGUAAAACGCAAGAUUGCUGGCACAGAUUAACUUGGAUUUACUCAAAAGAAUUGGACUGGACAACUUUGCUUGAGAAACUAGGUGAGAGGACCGACUCUUUCUGUAUUUCCGUGCGGGGAGGGAGACCGUAUCGGGUAGUGGGUCCUCCCAUGACCAAAACUAGUUUCUAGAUUGGAUUUUUAGAGAUAGAAUCGAAUUGAUCACUCGACUUUAUUUCCACCAAAAAAUAACCCCCAAUUGGCACCCAUCUUUUCCUCUUUUCUGAUUUAAUUUUUGCAAUCAAGAUUACUCCGGGAUUGAAUGAUUGUAUUUGCAAGGGCAUCGGUGACUGGAAUUGUUCAGUUUUUGGAGGAUUGUGAUUUGUAAUUUUAUUUCAUGUUUCUUCAAUAAAAGAGUUGUAUAUACUCAUUUAA